AUGCCCUCGCCCUCCGCCUCGUUUGACCUCGACAAUUCCAGCUUAGUGCGGCCCGCGGAGCGGCGAUGUCGCCUCCUCUUCGAGCGCGCGCAGCUUUUCCAGGGCGGCGAGUCCCGAUAUUGCAGCUCGGCGACUGUGGGAGAUGCGAGCCGGCUUGCAUUCCUGCCGCCUCUGCUCACGGGUGCGACGAAUGGAGCAUGGGAGAGGCUCGGGCUGCAGUCGGAUUCCAGAGCCGUGUCAUUAUCGUGCUUUCCGGAGCGGCUGCUGCUGCUGGACCCGGCAGGGACCCGGCAGGGCAAUGGCCUGACGGACGACCAUCCGGCGUUGCCAAGCCGGGGUCGCCGCAAUUUCGAGGACGCCUUCCGGGUCGGACUGGACCUGCUUUCGACAAUCCGGACAUGUUCCUUCGGAAACGCGUAG